ACUUGAAAUCAAUAAAACAAAGCAACUUUCUAAUAGUUAAAAUCAAUAAAACAAAGUGCAUAUGCAAUAGUACAAAGUUUUAGCACCUUGCCAUAACAAAAACAACACAAGAAGCAAAUAAUAUUCUUUUAACACAGCACCUCUAAAGUAAAAGCCAAUGUUGAUCGCCGGAGAUGAGCUGGGAAAUACUCUUCCUCCGGGAAAUCUAGCCGUCAGAUCCUCCUUUGGAGGAUGGAAAUCGGCAAGGCUCAUAAUCUUUGUAGAAAUGGCCGAGCAGUUCGCCUCUUACGGGAUAUCGUCCAACCUCAUAACGUACCUGACAGGACCACUGGGAGACUCAACGGCCGCAGCUGCAGCAAAUAUUAACGCCUGGUGUGGAACGGAAGCGUUUCUUCCACUUCUCUGGAGCUUUGUCGCUGACUCGUUUCUUGGCCGUUUCCGUACCAUCAUAAUCUCGUCCUCUCUGUACAUCUUGGGACUUGGGUUGCUGUCUUUUUCAGCCAUGAUUCCUUCUCACUCCAAAGAUUCGAAUCAACUCCAAGUGACUCUCUUCUUCAUCUCUCUGUAUCUUAUAGCCUUAGGACAAGGAGGUUUCAGCCCUUGUAUUAAGGUAUUUGGAGCUGAUCAGUUUGAUGGAAAUGACCUAAAAGAGUUGAAAGCAAAGAGUUCUUUUUUCAACUGGUUGAUGUUUGGAAGCUGUGUUAGCAUAUUGACCACUCGUUUGAUCUCUAGCUACAUCCAAGAGAAUCUAAGCUGGUCCUUAGGAUUUGGUAUUCCAGGUGCUUCCAUGCUACUUGCUCUGCUUCUCUUCCUCCUUGGAACUAAGACUUACCGUUUCACUACUGAGAGAAGAGGAAACAAAAACCCUUUUGCUAGAAUCAUUCGUGUUUUUAUAGAAGCCGUAAAGAACAGAAGACAACCAGAUUUACACAUAGCUAACCCGAACGAGACCCUACUUCUCGUGGCUCACCAGAGUUCCAAACAAUUUAGGUUCCUUGACAGAGCGGCGGUUUCAUGUGAUUUGUCUGAAAUUGAAGACGCAAAAUCUGUGCUAAAGCUUGUUCCCAUAUGGAUAAAUUGCUUGGUUUAUUCCACUGUAUGUUCACAGAUCCCUACUUUCUUCACAAAGCAAGGAUCAACAAUGAACAGGUAUAUCUCACCAGGAAUUUUAGUUCCCGCAGCCACGCUCCAAUGCGUCUUAAGCCUAGCAAUGGUUUUUUUCAUCCCAAUCUACGACCGUCUACUAGUCCCAAUCGCAAGAUCAUUUACUCAAAACCCUUUAGGAAUCACAACGCUUCAGAGGAUUGGCGCUGGCAUGUUUCUCUCCAAUAUUGCCAUGGUGGUUGCCGCUUUGGUCGAGACCAAAAGGCUCCAAACCGCUCAAGAUGAUAUCACAACAAUGAUGAGCGUGUGGUGGUUGGUUCCACAAUAUGCUAUCUACGGUGUCUCGUAUGCGUUCUUAACGAUUGGCUUACAGGAGUUUUUCUACGACCAAGUCCCUAGCGAGCUUAGGAGCGUCGGUAUGGCUCUGAAUCUAAGCAUAUUCGGGGUCGGCAACUUCCUAAGCAGCUUCAUGAUAUCAGUCAUCGACAAAGUCACAAGCCAGCUUUGUCAAACGAGCUGGUUCGAUAACGACCUUAACAAGGCUCAUUUAGAUUACUUCUACUGGCUACUUGCUUGUGUUAGUUCCAUUGGUUUAGCCUCCUACUUGUGGUUCGCCAAGUCGUAUGUGUACAAUAGACCAAACACAUUCUAAAAACAGUGUGGUUUGUCUUCUUGACUAUAUUGGGAUUUUUGCAUUUUUAUAUCCACUUCAUGACCAACUCGACAUUUGCAUACUAACUACAACAUUAAAUAUAAGAAAAUUAGGAGUAGUCCGGAUCGGAUCCGCAACUUUACUAUCCAGAUCUUGGAAUCAUGCUUUUCACGUUUUUUCAGAAAAUUGAUAGUUACAUUUAAAACUUUUAUCUUAAUUACAUGAAGUAGCAAUUUAAGUUAAGUAGCUGGAUCCUUCUCUCAUAAUCUGAAAUAUAUUACGUACGUUAAACGUUAAAUAUCCUGAGAAUAUCCUCAGGACAAGAAAUCGAAAAUGAUUUAGUCCACAGAAUAUAUUUUUUCUGUAAAGAAAUCCAAAGAAUAGUUAGUCAACCCACUAUAAACAAACACGAUUAACUUAUUUGCCAGUUGCCAAAAAUAACGGAGGUUUAAUACGUCUACAAUUAUUUGAUCGUAGACCGAGGGAGCUGACAUGCAUCGUUCUAGUAUGAAGAGCCGCUAGAAUCAUCUUUUCAAUUAAAUCUAA